CUCUACUCCAUUGACAUCAUCUCUUUACAACAUGAGCAAAAAUAAAAUGAAUCCCUUGGACAUUCCUGAAAUAGUCUCGCUCAUUGGUGACUUCCUCGAUCGAAAAGACCUUCUCAACUGUAUCCGUGUCUCCAAAGCUUUUCACAGCGCUUUUGUCUGGUCCAUCUGGAAGAUAGUCAUUAUCAGACCUCCUCCAUCCAGUAAUCCUAGCGACAAAGCACUCCAGGCCAAUAAGAAGUACAUUGAGGAGAUUAGGUUUCAAAAAUACAGUGUUCCAGAGGAGUAUAGAUCAUUACGCGAAUGUAAUCGUCUCCAGUUCAUCACAUACGAAGGCAAUGGGCUAUCGGACCUAGAGCCCGCUCACCUUUUCAAUCUGAUCAAGGCCAACAGUUCCACCAUCACCGGGGUUCGCCUGAACAAUAUUCGAGCUUCGCCGAAUCUCUGGAAGACGUUACUGGAAUGUACCAAUCUCAAUCGUUUGGAGGCUUCUAGCAUUUCUGUUAUACAUGAUAUCGAUUUAUUGAUUCAAGUCUGCAAGAAACUCCAGUACUUAGAUUUGGAUGGUGUAUGUAUUAGCCGGCUACCUAUCGAUUUCCUAAGGAAUGAGGGCAGCGAAUAUAUUUUCUCAAGUAUGCACACCUUACGUUUUCGGAAUGUCAGAAUAAACAGUCGCCCACAACCGUAUACAUCAUCACACUUCUUCGGCACGUUAGUUAGGAGAUGUCCAGGAUUGCGCGUACUAAAAUUUGACGAGUCCAGCGAGUGUCACCAGCUUCAGCAGCUAGAACAUGAUAAUUUCUACAGGUUAGCAUUCCUUCAGCAUCCUUGGAAAUUGACAAAGUUAUCAGAUCUGUCUCUCCCUUCCAUGAGGAUAAAAGACAGGGAUAUGGCGACACUUCUCAGAUGGAUGACAGGAUUAACACAGUUAAAUGCAGCAUUUUGUGAGUUCAGCCAGCUUUCUUUACAAGAAUUGCUAGCACGCAAGCAAGAGAUAUGGGAUAAUGGACGCAUGAUACAGGAAACAAGACUUCACAGACUUUGUGAGACAAUUGAAACGCUGAUCUUUGGUCAAGCAUGCGUCGUUGAGAUGAGUGGUUUGGUUCAAACGGUUUUAUCGAAUUGCCCACGACUGAAGAUACUAAGAGGAUCUAAAAUCACAGUGACGGAGAUUGUCAAUGGAGCGGAAUGGGUUAGCACUGGAUUGACUGACCUGGUGCUCGAUCUCGAGGCAGAUAUUGAUCAAGAGACUGAAGAAGGCAUGGCAAAAGCGCGAAUUGCAUUCAGACAACUAGGGAGAUUAACUCGGCUACAUUAUCUUAACCUAACUGGGUGGAGCCCAAUGAAUAGAGGAGUACGGACUCUGGACUUGAAGCUAAGAGCAGGUUUGGAUGAACUAGCCAAACUGAAGAAUCUGUAUAUGCUAGCGUUCAAAAAGGAUGAUCGUCAACAAAUACAGCUUGAGGACGCGGCAUGGAUGGUGAACAAUUGGCCAGAAAUCAAAUACUUGAAUGGUCGUGUAAAAGGCCCAAUGGAUGAAAACAGCUUAGCAUAUGAUUUCUUAAAGUCGCGCAAAAUAUCCGUUUUGGUAAAAUAAAGAAAAAAUACAUUAUUG